CCGCUGACACACCGUCUGCAAACGAACGGAAGUACACCCAUUAUCUAUUUGAACAUCACCACCAUCCUAAGUUCAAGUAUAACAACGAUGAUGGGAUUGGCCAUCAUUCUAGUAUGCCGCAAUGUAUUGCUUUUCAUGUGUUUUCCAUUGUCGUGCGAGAAACGAUUCAAACGAUUCAGUGACCUACUAUGCAUAUGUGCGCUGUCAGCCACGUACUCGAGCGCUCUGUGUACCUCUGCGAAGCUACGCCACGGGUGGGCGCCAAGAAUCGCAUAUAUUGAGCGCGAUUGCGGCAAACGCGGACUGAGAACAGCGACAUCACACGUUGCCGUUGACCCGUGUCACAACUACGACUGCUGAGCCCACCCAACCCGUAAAUCCCACCAAGUGACCGGGGCGAGCCCGGCCUGCG